ACGUUAAUCUCUAUCAAUCUGAAUAUUGAGGGUCUUGCAUCAAGUCUUCAAGUAAAUCCAGUUCAACAAGGAAGAAUUGCAAAUCAUUUCAAAGACUUGCGAAAACAAACUGUGGGCAAUUACGAUAAAAUUUAUAGAAAUAUCAGAAAGGUGUUAAAUCAAAAUGACGAGAAAAUAAGACAUGGUAAAGAAAUGCCUAAAGUCAAUAAACGUUUGUUUGCACGAGAAAAUUUGAAUCAUGAAUACAAUGGGAAACAUAAUAAUAUCAAUUAUAAAUUUUCGUUGCUUGGAGAGGAUGAAAAUCUGAAUGAUCGCUGUAGUACUAAUGAAAAAUUAAAUGAUGAUUUAAAUAAACACUAUUUAAAUGAAAUAGAUUUUCUUAGCAACCAUUACGUUUCUUCCCAUAAUUACAACAAUAGGGAAAAUUAUAUAAAUCCAGAUAAGGAUUUAUUAGCACCGAAAAUGACACAUUCGAAUGCACUAAUUUACCGACGAGAAGUUCCAGGUAAUGGUGACAAUAAUAUAAAUUUGGAAAACAUUUCAUUGUACCCCUCAGUGUUAACUAAAACCUUACAAAUAAGUUUAAAUCCCUCUGCCCCAACCAAUACAGGAGGAGGUCUUUUGAACAAUGUUGCACAAAAACUAAACACUAGUACAUUCGAUUUAGCCGACAAAUUAACUAGAUCACAAAAUGGUCAAAAUAAUGAGCAAUUUGCACAAAUGGUUCAAAGUUACUUGACAAAUAGUGCAACAUCCAGUUCCAUUAAAGCACUGAAUCGGCCAAUAAUACCAACUGUUGAAAAUCCAAAAGCAAAUUUACAAACACCUUCUGAACAAAAUUUUAAUAACAAUCGGGAAUAUCUGGAAAAUAAAGAACAUUUUGAGGACAUUACAAUAUCAAGUUUAACAGCAAUUUUAGAUCGUGUCCUAAAUAAAUUGGAAAGUCUACAUGAUGGUAAAAAGAAUGAUUAUGACGAUCAUCCAGAUGGAGCUGCCUGUGAUAUUGUAGGUUCUUGGAGUUCAACAACAUUGGGUUUAUGUUUUGAUAUUCAGUUGCAAAAAGACAAAUUUCGUUAUAUUUCACCAGCUGAAAUUAAUAAUAAGAUUUUAACUAUUGGUGUUGUUGAAUGUACUCCAGCAAAACACCAUCAAGUUAUUGAUUUAAAUUGGAAAUUCACUGGUAGUGCCCUAAAACAAUGGGGUGGUUUAUUUCAUGUAUAUGGCCAAAAGAGAAGUGAAAGUGUUGCUGCAACAUUUUUGGGUUUUUGUCGCACUUGUGGUGGUAUUGAUACAAUUUUUGGUUCUUGGAAUUUUUUGUCACCCUCUAAGGAUUGCAACGAUAUAUCCUUGGCCUUUGAGGUAAAACGCGAUGUUUUAAGACGAGUUCGUAUGGAAAUGAAAAGAAAAGAACGUUUUAAGGAUUUACUUUACCGAAGUCGUCAUGGCAAAACUUAAGGUUAUUUGGAAGUAGACAAAGUAUUUUGUUCAUAUUCAUUUAUAUUUGUUAUAUUUACUGCAAUGUAAUCGUUAUAUUUAAAUAUCAAAAAUAACAGAUUUUUAUAUUUUGUAUCGGUGUUG